UGUCAAAAGUUGUUGUGAAUUCGGUCGUCAACGUGGUUCGAAAAUUCGAAAAAUAAUAAAUUUAUGUAAGUUUAUUUCGACAUUCUUAGGAAACUUUGUUUUACUUAUUGAUGACUUUACUGUUAGUGGUUUUCAGUUUACUGAUGAAUUUUGUUGUUAUAAAAAGUUGCUUGCUACAUAAAAAGUUAUAAAAAAUUAAGUCUCAAAAUUAAAUAACCUACAUUAUUCGCUCUGUAAACAUUCGAAGUAAUCAAUGAGGCAAAUCAAAUGCCUUCGUCUAGUCAGUUCACAUCUGACAAGCAAAAUGAGAAGUCACACAUACAUUGAUUCCUUGGGCUCUGCCAGCAUCAUGGCGCGUAUCCUCGAUGGCAAAGCACUUGCUAUGGAGAUAAAGAAGGAGCUGAAGCAAAAAAUAGCACAGUGGGUGAGUCUUGGAAACCGAGCGCCCACCAUUCGCUGUAUAAUUGUUGGCGAUGACCCAGCGAGCCACACCUAUGUCAGGAACAAAGUUGAAGCCGCAAAAUUUGUGGGCAUCGAUGCAUUAACAAUUAACAGGGACAGUGAUAUAACCGAAGAACAACUUCUCUCUGAGAUCCAAAAUUUAAAUGAAGAUAAUAGUGUUGAUGGAAUUCUCGUCCAAUUACCUGUACCUGAUACAAUUAAUGAGAGGAGAGUUUGCGAUGCUAUUGCUCCUGAAAAAGAUAUCGAUGGUUUCCACAUAAUCAACAUCGGAAGGCUGUGUGUGGAUCUACCUACCAUUGUGCCGGCUACAGCAUUGGCUGUAGUGGAAAUGCUGAAAAGAUUUAACAUCGACACAUUCGGUCGCAACGCGGUCGUGAUAGGUCGUUCCAAAAACGUCGGUAUGCCUAUAGCUAUGAUGCUGCAUAGCGACAAGAGACACGAAAGCGGAUUAGGGAUGGACGCUACCGUAACCAUCUGCCAUCGUUACACGCCAAAAGACAAACUGGAAGCAUAUUGUCGGAACGCUGAUAUCAUUAUCACCGCUACCGGUUUGCCCAAAUUAAUCAAAGCGGAUAUGGUGAAACCGGGCGCUACGAUAAUAGACGUUGGCAUUACAAGAAUAACCGAUGAAAAUGGAAAGUCUAGACUCGUCGGGGACGUUGAUUACGAAGAAGUAUCUAAGAUCGCCGGUGCUAUAACUCCAGUUCCCGGCGGAGUGGGUCCUAUGACCGUGGCGAUGCUGAUGCAUAACACAUUCCAAGCAGCUCAGAGUCAAGCAAACAAAUCCAAUUAAUGAUGGGGAUGUAUUUGAAAGAUCUGGCUAAUUCUAUAGUUUGCAUUUUGUUUAAUUAUUUAUUUUCUUUAUUAGGUAUGUUUAAAUACAUAGUGACAAUUUAAUUAUUUUUGUUCUGAUAUUAAGCAAUAAGAAUUAAAUAUUUACAAUUUUGUUUUACAAUAUAUAGAGACUUUAACACUAAUCAUACCAACAUUUACUGAUACCUAUUUCUACCAUAGUGAGUAGAUAACGGUAUACCACAAGUACUACUCGAAAUAAACGAAACAAAAACAAAAAAAUAGUACAAUAACUGUAGAUUAAUUGGUAAGAAAAAUUCAUGAAGUCAAAUGUGCGAAAGCAAUAAGAUGAUACGUGGAUUUUCAAUGCAAUGCAAAAGUUCAAAAUUGGGCAUUUGACCCGUUAUGGUAUGUUUAGUGUUGAGGUCAAUCAAUGUGUUACCAAUUAAGAAAAAAAUUCACACUACAUAUUUAGGACGACGAUGACAAAUUUAUAAUUUCACAGCCUAUUUAUUAAAGUCUUCCUUGGUGGUAUUGCCGUUGAUAUUUGAAUGUGACAUCUGUCAAUAAUGACGUUUAUUAUUUAAAGUGAUGUGUCCGAUUUUAGGCUGUUUUUUUGUUUUUCUUAUUAUAAAGGCUGAUUAAGGCGUUUUCAUAAAAGACCAAUUAAUGUGGGAAACUUUUUUUCUUCUUUUAAACAUCUUAUGCAGUUUAACUGCUGGAGAAUUCAAAAGAAUUACCUCCAUUAUAUGAGUAUUAUUAAAUAGGAUUACUGUUAAUUAUUUUGAUUAUUAUUUAUUAGUAUUAGUUGUUGUUUCUUAUUCUACUUAAUCUUUUAAAGAAAUCUCAUAAAAAAUCAUAAGGUUUUUUAAUAUCAGUUUCAUAAAUAUCUCUUGCAUUUAUUAAUUAGAAAGAAACUCCAGUAAAUUAUUUGAAAUUUAUUUACUUGAUUAAACUUAUUUAUAGUCGAAAUGAUGUCCAUUUGUUUGUCUAUUUAUAAUUAUGAAAUAUUGUGUUGCCUGUGUAUAUCAUGUUUGAAUCCACUAUUGUCUUCUUCAUAUAAAAAUUGUUUGCAUAAAUUCGUGGAGCAUUAGUAAAAAUUAGUAACAUUAAAGAUUUCGUUAUUAAUAAGAAAAAACAAUAUUUAUAAGAUUAUAGUGUACUUUAAGAGUACUGUUAUAUUUUUUAAUUAAUAAAAUUUUAAUAUUACAAUUUG